UAUUUGACAUGGUUAACGAAUCCGAGUUCAGAACCCAUUCACAGAGGUACUAUGAGAUCCUAGAGAAGAGGAAGACAUUGCCGGUUUGGCAACAGAAAGAGGAGUUCUUGCGAGUUCUCAGUGCCAAUCAGACUGUAAUUUUGGUAGGCGAAACUGGCAGUGGCAAAACAACCCAGAUUCCUCAAUUUGUUUUGGAAGCUUUUGGUGACAACAAUAAAGGGAUCACAAAGAAGAAGAUGAUCGCAUGCACUCAGCCCCGUAGAGUGGCUGCAAUCUCGGUCUCUAAACGUGUAGCCGAAGAGAUGGAUGUGAAGAUUGGUGAAGAGGUCGGUUACACCAUUCGUUUCGAAGAUUGCAGCAGUUCAAAGACUGUUCUCAAGUAUCUAACCGAUGGUAUGCUUUUAAGAGAAGCAAUGGCGGAUCCAUUGUUGGAACGCUACAGGGUUAUCAUUCUCGAUGAAGCUCAUGAAAGAACAUUGGCAACCGAUGUUCUAUUCGGGUUUUUGAAAGAGGUACUGAAGAACAGAGCCGAUCUUAAGCUGGUUGUGAUGAGUGCAACACUUGAAGCUGAAAAGUUUCAGAGCUACUUUUCUGGUUCACCACUCAUCAACGUUCCUGGUAGGCUUCAUCCUGUGGAAAUAUUGUACUUAGAGAAACCACAAAAGGAUUACUUGGAGUCGGCGAUUCAGACUGUUCUUCAGAUUCAUAUAUGUGAACCUCCGGGAGAUGUUCUAGUUUUUCUAACAGGAGAGGAAGAAAUAGAAGAUGCAUGCUCUAGAAUAAGAAGAGAAAUUCAGAAUCUUGGGAGCCAAGUUGGUCCUGUUAAUGUGCUUCCUCUGUAUUCAACUCUGCCUCCUGCAAUGCAGCAAAAGAUAUUUGAUCCUCCGGAUGAAGCAGGAGGAAGGAAAAUAGUAGUAUCAACAAAUAUUGCAGAAACUUCAUUGACAAUUGAUGGAAUAGUUUAUGUUAUAGAUCCUGGAUUUGUCAAGCAAAAAGUUUACAACCCAAGAGUACGUCUUGAAUCGUUGUUGGUAUCUCCUAUAUCUAAGGCAAGCGCCAAUCAGAGAGCUGGACGUGCUGGAAGAACUAGACCGGGAAAAUGCUUUAGACUGUACACUAAUAAGAGUUUUGAUGAGUUACUUCAGCCUCAAACUUAUCCAGAAAUAUUGAGAUCCAAUCUUUCAAAUACGGUGUUAACUUUGAAGAAGCUUGGGGUUGAUGAUUUGGUCCAUUUUGAUUUUAUGGAUCCACCAGCUCCUGAGACAUUGAUGAGAGCAUUGGAGAUGUUGAAUUACUUGGGUGCAUUGGAUGAUGAUGGAAACUUGACAAAGCUUGGGGAGAUUAUGAGUGAGUUUCCUUUGGAUCCUCAGAUGUCAAAGAUGCUUGUGGUCAGUCCUGAAUUUGGCUGUUCGAACGAAAUUGUUUCAAUUUGUGCUAUGCUUUCGGUACCCAAUUGCUUUGUGAGGCCAAGGGGAGCUAGAGAAGCUGCUGAUGAAGCAAAAGCUAGAUUUGCACACAUUGAUGGAGAUCAUCUGACGUUGCUAAAUGUCUAUCAUGCUUACAAGAAUAAUGAUGAAGAUUCUUCUUGGUGCUACCAAAAUUUUGUCAAUCAUAGGCUCAUGAAAGCUGCUGACAGUAUCAGACAGCAAUUGGUCCGCACCAUGGCAAGGGUUCAACUCAGGUUAUGUAGUAAUGACUUUAGCAGCCGGGACUACUACAUCAACAUCAGAAAGGCCAUGCUUGCUGGAAAUUUCAUGCAGGUUGCUCAUCUUGAACGAUCAGGACACUACUUGACAGUGAAAGACAACCAGAUGGUGCAGUUACAUCCUUCAACAGGUUUAGAUCACAAGCCAACGUGGGUGAUUUACAAUGAAUAUGUCUUAACCACCAGCAAAUUCAUCCGUACAAUCACAGGAAUUCGCGGCGAGUGGUUGGUUGAUCUAGCAGCUCAUUACUACGAUUUGGACAACUUUCCAGAGUGUGAGGCUAGGCAAGCUCUUCAGAAGCUAUACAAGAAGCAAAGACAGUGA